ACUGGCCAUUCAUCCACAGUUGACAUCCGUCCCGAGCCAGCCAACGAGAAGACUCCACUGUCAGCACCAUGAAUGCCAGUGCUAUCCUCCUUUUCUGCCUCAUCCUGCUGAGUCUGAGUGGGACUCAAGGAAUCCCUCUUUCAAGGACAGUCCGCUGCUCCUGCAUCAAAAUCGAUGACCGACCGGUAAAACCGAGGGCCUUGGGAAAACUGGAAAUUAUUCCUGCAAGUCAAUCCUGCCCACGUGUUGAGAUCAUUGUCACAAUGAAAAAGACUGAAGAGAAGAGAUGUCUGAAUCCAGAGUCUGAGGCCAUCAAGAGUUUAUUGAAAGCAGUUAGCCAAAGAAGGUCUAAAAGAGCCUCUUAACCAGAGAGAAGCCGAUCACCGCAGUGCUGUAGCCGACGGACAGGCAGCGGAAAGCCCGUCUCUCCAUCACUUCUUUAUACGUCGGCCUAUGGCUACUCCUAAUUGUCCCUGGUUCCCCUGAAAGGUGACCAGCCAUGGUCACAUCAGCUGCUAUCCCUAGUGACAUCAGGUCACUAUUCUCCAGGACGAUGGGCAGCUCCUCGUCCUGAGACAACAGUAACUCCAGUGACAAGAGUCCCCAACUCUACUAAGAGCUGGUCCUGAGUUCUCAUACAGACAGCUGCAAUGUUUCUCCUGGCGCUGUACUAUAUAAGCUACGCUGAGGUGCUACACUUUUAGCCUUGUGCCAAGCUCUACCUGCUCCUCACCCUCCCCACCUUAAAGUGUGUUAGCAGAUCUGUCCAGUUCUGAGUUACCUGGGUUCUUUAAUUUCAAAUACAGUCGCAAUAAGACUACCACCUGCCUGCUCCUACGGACAAACUUUACUUCAUGGCUUACAGCUACCUUCCCAAGGAAACUUCAUAACUCAGAGU